CAGAGCGCAACGAACCAAACAGCAGCAAGCGCCGAUUUUGCAGAGCGUUAAACCUGCAAAAAUACAGCUUUGCGUGUGGCUUUGAUACCCAUUUUCGUUUUCGUCUAGACAUAUAUAUAUCGUCAGAUUCGAGAACACCCGUCAUGCGCCUUGUCAAGAAUAAAAUCGAGCUCAAUGGCUCCGGUACCGUCACGCUGUGCCCGGAAGAGCCAGAGGAUAUGUGGCAUGCAUACAACCUCAUCCGACCGGGCGACCUUCUCCGCGCCAGCGCCAUCCGCCGUGUCACCACCACCCAAGAUACCGGCUCGACGAGUUCGGCGCGGGUGCACCUGAACCUCGAGGUCCGGGUGAAAAGCCUCGACUUCGACCCGCAGAGCUCGCAGCUGCACGUGAGCGGGCAGAUCGUCAAUGAGACGGCACACACCAAGAUUGGACAGCAUCACACCCUCGACCUCGAAAUGAACCGCAAUUUCACGCUCGAGAAGGAGACUGGCUCGGACGGGGAAGGGGUGGGAUGGGACAGUAUCGCUGUCCAGAUGCUUAAGGAUGCGGUGGAUGAAGGUGGGAACCGGCGGGCCGAGGCUGUGGCCGUGGUGAUGCAAGAGGGUCUGGCUCAUAUCUGCUUCAUCGGGCAGUUCCAGACGAUCCUCAAACAGAAGGUGGAGAUGUCUGUGCCGCGCAAACGGCACGGCGGGGGUGAUCAUGACAAGGGCAUGAACAAAUUCUUCCAAGUCACGCUCGAUACCCUUAUCCGGCAGAUAGAAUUCAACACCAGCGCCACCUCCCUCUCCACCAGCAACGAGACCGUGCGACCCAUCCUUCUCGCCUCGCCGGGCUUUGUGGCGACCGGGUUCCAGAAAUACAUCCAGGGGGUCGCCAACACCAGCAUGCCGGCGCUCAAACGUCUGCUCCCGAGCAUCGUGGUCGUGCACUCGGCCUCGGGGUACCUGCACUCCCUGGCGGAGGUGCUGCAGUCACCCGCGGUCAAGACGAUCUUGGCGGACACGAAGUACGCGCGCGAGACGAAGCUCAUGGACGACUUCCUGGACCAGCUGCGUAAUGAGACCAACAAGGCGACCUACGGCCCGCGCGAGGUCGAGUCUGCCGUCGACCAGGGGGCCGUGGGCCGCGGCGGCGGCGUGCUGAUCAUCUCCAACCGGCUGUUUCGGUCGCAGGACGUGGCGGAGCGCAAACGCUGGGUCUCGCUGGUGGAUCGGGUGCGCGAUGUUGAGGGUGGUGAGGUGCGCGUGUUGAGUUCGGAUCACGAGAGCGGACGUAGGCUGGAUGGGCUGGGUGGUGUUGCGGCGUUGUUGACGUUCCCGAUCGCUGAUGAUGCCGCCGAGGAUGAGGACGAGAAUGAUAGCCAAUGAUAGAAUUUUUAGACCCUGGUCUGGUUGAGGAGAAAGAUACCUAU